AUGGCAUCGUCGUCGUCCUCUGCUGCCGAUGCUGCCGUCCCGGCGAAACGGCGUGCGCCCGUGUACCGCGUCCGCGGCGUGCCGCCUGAGCUCGAUCGGGCCAGCCUCCUUGCGCUCCUCGAGUCACACAAAGACCUGUCGGGCUGCGGCCUCGGCAUCCACACGCUCGCGGCGGACAUAGGUGGCAGCCAGACGGCGACGAUAUUAUUUGCCCAAAACAAGAUCCCACCACGCCUCGCGGCCCUGGAGCGGCGUGGCGCGCUCGCCGUGGAGAUUGUCGUGAAUCCUACGCCGAAGAGUGCGGGGGCUAAGCGUGAGCGCCAUGGGCCGCAGGCAGCCAAUAUGCGCAUCGACGCGCUGUUACUAGGCCUGACGACGCUGUAUACGCCGCCAAAGAAGAAUCAUCACUUUGACGUACUCGCCGUCCACGGCCUGGGCGGCUCGCACCCGUACGGCUCCUUCGUUAGCUAUGAUGAUGGCCACAUGUGGCUCAAGGACGACCUGCCGCGUAUGAUCCCCUCUGCCCGCGUCAUGAUUUACGGCUACGACACCAAGCUUCCCAAGAACCCCGAUUGCGCCAAGCUGGUCGACCUCGGCGGCGGCUUGCGGCUUGCCAUGGUCGGCCUGUGGCAGGACGCGCGACCGGCAUCAACGAAGCCGCUCGUGCUCGUCGGACUCAGCCUCGGCGGCCUGCUAGUCAAGGAGGCGCUUAUUCAGCUGAGCCAUUCGAGCCUGUGGUCGUCAGAGCUAGGCACGGUAAGAGGCGUGCUACUGUUCGGUGCCCCAAACGACGGCAUGAACAUGAAGUCGUUGUGGCCCAUUGUCCAAGACAAUUCAAACCGGCUCCUGCUUGACUCGCUCAACCCCAUCAACCCAAAUGAACUCAUCAACCAGAAACCCGCGUUCGCACGGCUGCUGCGUCGCGCUAGCCUCGAGCUUUUCUGCUUCUGGGAGCAGCUGCCGUCUCCGGUCGCGCGAAUGACACCCAGCGGCAGCGACAACAACUACAGCAUGGACGGCGAGCCUCAGUACAUGGUCAGCAAGGUCUCAGCCACCAGCUGCCUUCCACCCGGCGCGCCGUCGGAGCGCGUCGUCGGGCUACAAACCACCCACUCGGGUCUCGUCAAGUUUCGUUGCCACGAUCCCGAGUUUGAGAAGGUGAAGCCGAUCCUCAUCCACAUGUGCGACCCCUGCCGCGGCGCAGCAGUGGCUGACAGUCUCCCGUUGCUGACCCCCGCCGAGAAGGCGUGCCAGGCCGCACUGUCCUUUGCGCGGCGCGAGACACCCGACCACGAGAUCAAGGACGCCGUCGCCGGCACGUGCGAGUGGCUAUUUGCCCACCAAGAAUACAAACUCUGGCACAGCUCCCCCAAGGGCCUUCUCUGGGUCAAGGGCAUCGCCGGGUCCGGCAAGUCGACGCUGCUGCGGUACACCCUCGGCCGGAUCAAGGCCCUGUCCAGCGCUGGCGAGGCGCCGAUCGUGCUCGACUUCUUUUUUGACCGCCAGGGAAACAAGCUGCAGAAGUCAUCGCGGGGUCUCUUUCGGUCGCUGGUGCACCAGGUGCUCACGCGCGCGCCGCGGGCGUUGGCCACCUUUGUGGACGCCUUUCAACGGCACAGCGCCGCGGAGCAGCCGGUGCCCGACGACGCGACCAAGUGGUCCGAGUACGACCUGAAAGCCGCGCUGCGGUCGUCACUGGCGGCCGUGCUACAGGAACGGCCCGUGUGGCUACUCAUAGACGCGCUGGACGAAGCCGACGACGAGGCAACUGCCGUCGGCGUCGUGGACGAGUUCAAGGCCCUGCUGGACCGGGUCUCGGACGACGGCUUUCCGCUGCGCAUCUUCUUCACUGCGCGGCAGCACCUCGUGCUCGACGGCGAUUACGGCUUCGAGAUCACGGUCCAGGGGAACAACGAGGCCGACAUUGCGACCUUUGUAGCAGCACGGUUAUCCACGAGCCGGUCCCUAAAGGAGUCGAGCAUCGGGGAACUGAUCACGGAGCGCGCCGCUGGCUUGUUCCUGUGGGCGGCGCUCGUCGUCGACAGGGCGCACACAAUGCACCGCCACGGCAGAGGGCUCAUGAGCAUCCGGCGAAUGAUCCACGGUACGCCGGCCAAGCUGGCCGCUCUGUACCGCCAAAUGCUGGACGAGCUGGCCGCGGAAGAGCGGCCUCUGACCCGGAAGCUGUUCCAGUGGAUGUGCUUCGCCGAACGACCGCUGAAGGUGAAUGAACUGAAAUGGGCCCUGAUUGUUGGCGCGGAAAGUUUGAUCGAGUCGUGCACACAGUUUGAGGACCACGACGAGUUUGACAGCGACAUGGCGACGCGCAUCGUCUACAUCAGCCGCGGGCUUGUCAAGACCGAGCCGAAGCGGGCAGACUCCUCGCCAUCGGCCCAGCACUUUGUGCGCUUCAUCCACCAGUCCGUCGUCGACUUUCUACUCAGGGAAGGCGGUUUGGCGUCCAUGCACGACGGCCCAACGCUGGCCAGCGCAGACAUCGCUCGACUUGCACACUACCAGCUGUCCAGAACCUGCAUCCGGUACUUGCGGAUGAAGAAGAUAGCUCAGCUCCCAGCCGAAACUUUGCAGGAGUGGGCCGAGUCGGGAACGCUAUGGUCAACAUUUCCCCUGUUCGAGUACGCCUCCGUGGCGUGGCCCUCGCACACCCAGCGAGGCCACCAGCAUCGUCUCGUCAGCUCCAUGGGCUGGCCGUCCGAUCCAUUUUUCAACCGAUGGCUGCGCAUCUACUGUAGGGUGUGGUCAAGGAAAUAUAACCGAUCUCGUUGCAUCAUGGACCAAUUAAAAGAGUGGUCCUACUUGUUCCGCUGUCCACCCGAGAAUAUCGACGUCGGUCAUUUUGCCGCCCAGUACGGGCUGACAGAACUGCUUCUGGAGGCGCUGCCGCCCAGGGGCAGGGUGGCCGUCGACACUCGAGACUACUUUGGCCGGACGCCGCUCUUCUACGCCGCCUUGAACGGCUACGGGAGACUUGUGGCAGCGCUGCUCAACACUGGUGCCGACCCCUGUGUCAGGGACAACAAGGGGCGCGACGCGCUGUCUUUUGCCGCGCAGUGCGGCCACGCGGACGUUGCCAGCGACCUCCUCUCCAAAGGCGCCGGGGUCAACGCGCGCGACGACACCGGCGUCACCGCGCUGCACUGGGCGGCACUGGGCCAGGACCGGAAGACCAUGCGGCUGCUUCUGUAUUGGGGAGCUGACGUCGGAGCCAAGGCCAGAAAUGGCAGCACGCCGCUGGAGUGGGCGAUCCUGGUCGGACACGAGCGGGGCGUGGCAAGGCUCCUCGCGGCAGGGUCGGCGGUGAACUACUCGCACGGGGACUGGCGCUUCACAAUUGGCCUGGACCCGUGGGUCAACUAUGUCUGUGAAGAAAAGGGCAUUCUCAACAUCAACUUGGUCGAUGGGGAUCUCCGUGAUCAGCGCACUAGGAUGUGGACGCCGCUCUCCCUGGCCGUGCGCAAGGGGAUUGUGGCCAUUGUCAAGCUGCUGCUGGAUAAAGGUGCUUCACCGGACCUCGCGGCAGAGUCUGGUUCGUUGCCGCUGUCUUUGGCCAGGGAGCUGGGCAAUGAGGAGAUUAUUAGUCUGCUCGAGGCAAGGGCAUCAAAGUCGAAGGAGCUAAGCAUUAGGCUGGGCUCUAAUACGACAAUGUAG